CUCUCUCUGCUCUCUUCUCAGAUUUUGUUUCCUUCUCCUCAGCUCUUUGUUUUGUUUUCUUCAGCUUCUUAAUUUUGAUAUUUGCCUUUUCUGCAAGCUUUGUUUCUUUGUUUUUUUAUUAACUCAGAUCUUGUCCUGUCGUGUUUGGAGCGUCUUUCAGGAUUAGGGGUUUGUAGAUCAGUCAGUUGCUGCUUAAUUUGAUGGAAUCUUAGCUUCUGUUAUUGAGAUUGACCAUUUAUCUAACUUCUUACAACUUUUCCUGAAGAAAUCGGCUAGGUUCUGUAGAUUCCUAGUUAUAUUGAUCUUUUUUUGGGAUCUGUAAUUCAAUAAAUUGUUUGUUUAUGAGUGAAACUUUGUUGUAUUUUGGAAUGGUGAUCAAAAAGGGAUUCAUAAGCAUUUUCAUUUAGUAGGUAGGCGCUGCUGCCCUGCUACGAGAGACAACUAAUCAAGAAGCUGAAGUCUAAUUAUUCUUUUAGCUAGUGGGAUUAUAAAAAAAAAAAGAGAAUAUAUAUAGAUCAUGGGCUUACUCUGCAGUAGAAGUCGACAUCAUACAGAAGAUACCGACGAGAAUGCACAGGCUGCUGAAAUCGAAAGACGGAUAGAGCAAGAAGCAAAGGCUGAAAAACAUAUUCGGAAGCUUCUCCUACUUGGUGCUGGAGAAUCAGGAAAGUCUACUAUUUUUAAGCAGGCAAGUAGUGACAAAAGGAAAAUUGUUUCUAGUGUAGUACUUACCUCAACUAUUUACAAGUUUUGGGUGCUAACUUUGCAGAUAAAACUUCUCUUCCAAACUGGAUUCGAUGAAGGAGAACUGAAGAGCUAUGUUCCGGUCAUCCAUGCCAAUGUCUAUCAGACUAUAAAAUUAUUGCAUGACGGAACCAAGGAGUUUGCUCAAAAUGAAACUGAUCCUGCAAAAUAUACGCUAUCCUAUGAAAAUAUGGCCAUUGGGGAGAAACUAUCUGAAAUUGGAGCUAGGUUAGACUAUCCGUGUCUUACCAAGGACCUCGCCGAGGGAAUAGAAACACUAUGGAAUGAUCCUGCUAUCCAGGAAACAUGUUCUCGUGGUAAUGAGCUUCAAGUUCCCGAUUGUACUAAAUAUCUGAUGGAGAACUUGAAGAGACUUUCAGAUGUCAACUAUAUUCCAACCAAGGAGGAUGUACUGUAUGCGAGAGUUCGCACAACUGGUGUCGUGGAGAUACAGUUCAGCCCCGUGGGAGAAAAUAAGAAAAGUGGCGAAGUGUACCGAUUGUUUGACGUGGGUGGACAGAGAAAUGAGAGAAGGAAAUGGAUUCAUCUGUUUGAAGGUGUUACUGCUGUGAUAUUCUGUGCUGCUAUCAGCGAGUUAAGCUCCAUUUCAUUAUUUAAUUUUUUUUUUUUGUAUAUUUGUUGCUGCCCAACUCACAACAGAGUUUUUUUUGGUCAUCAUAGGUACGACCAAACACUAUUUGAGGACGAGCAGAAAAACAGGAUGAUGGAGACCAAAGAACUGUUCGACUGGGUCUUGAAACAGCCCUGUUUCGAGAAAACAUCCAUCAUGCUUUUCCUCAACAAGUUUGACAUAUUUGAGAAGAAGGUUCUUGAUGUUCCGUUGAAUGUUUGCGAGUGGUUCAGAGAUUACCAACCAGUUUCGAGUGGGAAACAAGAGAUUGAGCAUGCAUACGAGUUUGUGAAGAAGAAAUUUGAGGAAUUAUAUUACCAGAACACUGCGCCGGAUCGCGUGGACAGGGUGUUUAAGAUCUACAGGACGACGGCUUUGGAUCAGAAGCUUGUGAAGAAAACGUUCAAGCUUGUAGAUGAGACUCUAAGAAGGAGAAACCUAUUGGAGGCUGGUCUUUUAUGAUUUACUUAUUUUGUUACUCCAGUAAAUUACCUAUUUUGUGUUUUAAAAAAACAUUUAUUUUUAAGAAACUGAAUGACCCUAAUUGUUCUGUCUGGAUUCUGGAGAAGUACAUGUGGUUCAAAAUUCGAUGUGUUUUUUAUUCUUAUUA